CUCGGCGCCUCGGCUCUUCUCUCUCUGUCUCCCAUCCCCAUGCAGUCUGCCAGUGCCAGGCCACUUCCUCCCCGAUCCCCCGCAGUUGCUCUCUCCCCCUUCUCCCUCCCCGAUCCCCCGCAGUUGCUCGCUCCCGGGAUAAUAAUAUCCCGCGCCGCUCCUCCUCCUCCUCGGCCUCGGCCGCCGCCGCCGCUCCCCCCGCGCACGCGCUCGCUCACGGUGUGCCGCGCGGGUGGCAGGGCUCGGAUCUGCCGCGGGAUGGCGUCGUUCGCGGUGUCCGGCGCGAGGCUCGGGGUCGUGCGGCCCGGCGGCGGCGCGGCGCGAUCCGGCGCGGAGCGGAGGAGCGGGGUGGACUUGCCGCCGGUGCUCUUCAGGAGGAAGGACUCAUUCUCGCGUACGGUUCUGAGCUGCGCGGGUGCUCCUGGAAAGGUGCUAGUUCCGGGAGGUGGCAACGAUGACUUGCUUUCCUCCGCAGAGCCUGCCGUGGACACUCCAGUGCAGUCUGAAGAGCUAGAGGUACCUGAUGAAGCAGAACUGGUUGUGGAAGAGACAGCGUCCUCAUCAGUGGCUCAAGCGAGCUCAGCAGUUGAGGUUGAAGAGAAGACUGAACCCUCCGAAGUGAUUGAAAGCACUAGCAAAACUGAAACUGAUGGCGUAGCCGUCGAAACCAAAGUACAACUCGUGGAGGAGAAACCACGAGUUAUCCCACCACCAGGAGAUGGCCAGCGAAUAUACCAGAUUGACCCAAUGCUUGAAGGGUUUCGGAACCAUCUUGACUACCGAUACAGCGAAUACAAGAGAAUGCGUGCAGCUAUUGAUCAACACGAAGGUGGAUUGGAUGCAUUUUCUCGUGGUUAUGAAAAGCUGGGAUUUACUCGCAGUGCUGAAGGUAUAACUUACAGAGAAUGGGCUCCUGGAGCACACUCAGCAGCAUUAGUAGGUGACUUCAACAACUGGAAUCCAAAUGCGGAUACAAUGACCAGAAAUGAGUAUGGCACUUGGGAGAUUUUCCUGCCUAAUAAUGCUGAUGGAUCCCCUGCUAUUCCUCAUGGCUCGCGUGUGAAGAUACGGAUGGAUACACCAUCUGGUGUGAAGGAUUCCAUUCCUGCCUGGAUCAAGUUUUCUGUGCAGGCUCCGGGUGAAAUACCAUACAAUGGUAUAUAUUAUGAUCCACCUGAAGAGGAGAAAUAUGUCUUCAAACACCCUCAACCUAAGCGGCCAAAGUCACUGCGGAUUUACGAAUCACAUGUUGGAAUGAGUAGCCCGGAAGCAAAGAUAAACACGUACGCUAACUUCAGAGAUGAGGUGCUGCCAAGAAUUAAAAGGCUGGGAUAUAAUGCAGUACAGAUCAUGGCAAUCCAAGAACACUCUUACUAUGCAAGCUUUGGGUACCAUGUUACAAACUUUUUUGCACCGAGUAGCCGUUUUGGGACUCCGGAGGACCUAAAAUCUCUGAUCGAUAAAGCACAUGAGCUUGGGUUUCUAGUGCUUAUGGAUAUUGUUCAUAGUCAUGCAUCAAAUAAUACCCUGGAUGGUUUGAAUGGUUUUGACGGCACUGAUACACAUUACUUCCAUGGUGGUCCACGGGGCCAUCAUUGGAUGUGGGAUUCUCGCCUAUUCAAUUAUGGGAGUUGGGAAGUUUUGAGAUUUCUACUGUCAAAUGCGAGAUGGUGGCUUGAAGAAUAUAAGUUCGAUGGUUUCCGAUUUGAUGGGGUGACUUCCAUGAUGUAUACUCACCAUGGAUUACAAGUAGCAUUUACUGGGAAUUAUGGCGAGUAUUUUGGAUUUGCCACUGAUGUUGAUGCAGUAGUUUACCUAAUGCUGGUAAACGAUCUUAUUCAUGGGCUUUAUCCCGAGGCUGUAGCCAUUGGUGAAGAUGUUAGCGGAAUGCCUACAUUUUGUAUUCCUGUUCAAGAUGGUGGUGUUGGUUUUGAUUACCGCCUUCAUAUGGCUGCCCCAGACAAAUGGAUUGAACUCCUGAAGCAAAGUGAUGAAUAUUGGAAAAUGGGUGAUAUCGUGCACACCUUAACAAAUAGAAGAUGGCUAGAAAAGUGUGUCACUUAUGCUGAAAGUCAUGAUCAAGCUCUAGUUGGUGACAAGACAAUUGCAUUCUGGUUGAUGGAUAAGGAUAUGUAUGAUUUCAUGGCUCUGGACAGGCCUUCAACGCCUCGCAUUGAUCGUGGGAUAGCAUUACACAAAAUGAUUAGGCUUGUUACAAUGGGUUUAGGAGGUGAAGGCUAUCUAAAUUUCAUGGGAAACGAGUUUGGUCAUCCUGAAUGGAUAGAUUUUCCAAGAGGUCCUCAAAGUCUUCCAAAUGGCUCCGUCAUUCCUGGAAAUAACUAUAGCUACGAUAAAUGUCGUCGUAGAUUUGACCUUGGAGAUGCAGAUUAUCUUAGGUAUCAUGGUAUGCAAGAGUUUGAUCAGGCCAUGCAGCAUCUUGAGGAAAAAUAUGAAUUCAUGACAUCAGACCACCAGUAUGUAUCACGGAAACAUGAGGAGGAUAAGGUGAUAAUCUUUGAAAGAGGAAAUUUGGUAUUUGUGUUCAACUUCCACUGGAGCAAUAGCUAUUUUGACUACCGCGUUGGUUGUUUCAAGCCUGGGAAGUACAAGAUUGUCUUAGAUUCUGAUGAUGGCCUCUUCGGUGGAUUUAGUCGGCUUGAUCACGAGGCUGAGUACUUCACUGCUGACUGGCCGCAUGACAACAGGCCGUGUUCUUUCUCGGUGUAUGCACCCAGCAGAACAGCCGUUGUGUACGCACUCGCAGAGGACGAAUAGGGUGCGGCAGCAGCUGUUGGGGAAAUAACUCCAGGGAUGAGCUGCGUGGCGCUACACUGCUGCGCGAUGCGACCAGGCGCAAUGCUGCCCCCUAUGCUUUUACCCGAGACCACGUGGAAGUGGAAGGUCGAUCAGGGUAUUCAGGUUGAUAGGUUAGCUUAUCAACGAGUCUCUCGUCUCCGAGUGACUCGUGAAAGGAAAUGGACCCGAGCGCACCACAUUUUCCCGAGCUAGUACGGUAGUCCCUCUCCAAUCUGGAAACGUUCCCUGUGGUUUUGUACAUAAUGGCUUCUGAAAACAAUCUGUUCAGAGUACGUCGUUAUUUUUUUUUCGAACAAUGAGUACGUCGUUAUUUACACUCUUACUGCUUAGUUUGUGGUAAUAAAGCAUCGAAGAAGCUGGUAUUUUCCCUACAA